AUGCAACAAAUGCCACUCAAUGCUCAACCUUGGGGGGCAAUUCCAAGUCCCAUGGCCGGCGGAAUGCCAGCAAGGCAAAAUGGUCCUGUAUUUCCAGGUGCAGCUCCAAGAAUGGGAGUAUACAGUACUCCACAUUCGCCACAAAGAUCAAGCCAUAUACCUCCGAAUAUACAAUCACAAAUGUUUCCAAGGCAAGUACCAAUUCCAAGGCCAGGAGCAAUGGGAAAUCCUCCUGGCUUAGGAACCCAACUUACUCCAGCUCAAGAAUUGAUGAUGUCAACAUUUACUGCUCAAAACCAAAGUAUUAAUGGUGUUUCAGUCCCAGGACCUCCAAUAACACAGAACUUGAACGUUUCCCCCUCCCCAAUGCCUUCUCCAGAAAGAGAAAAAUACAAUACAGGAAUAGGGACAAAGUUACUUAACUCAUUUAUUCCCUGGAUGGGGACUUGCGGUGCUCAGCCAAGUGGUGGACAAAAUUCUGGCGUAAAAAGCCCAAAUUCAGGUGGAAUUGGUUCAAUCUUAUGUUGUGCUCCUGAAAAUACAGGAAUAACGACUCCAGAAUUCCCUAGUUCUCAUGAUUCAAAUUUUAGUUUUUCAAAUAAUGUAGGGGAUCAAUUUAAGGGAGGCGUGAAUUCCUCAAAAAGUGAUUUGGAGAAGGAAAAUAAGGAGCUUAGAGAAAGUUUGUUUCAAUUAGGAGAAGCAGUUCAUGACUUUGUUUCAAAAAAGGAUAAGCCAAAUAACGAAUCGCAGUUAAUUGCAACACUGUCAAAACAAUUGAGCACAAUCCACCAAAAGAUAGGAGAUAUCAAGUAUUCUGUUUUUCCUACUAACAAUAAGAUUGGAAUAGAAACUAAAAAUGACUUAGUUCUUAAUAUAGUACAAAUUGUGAAUGUUGUAUUCGGGAAAAUUGAGGUUAUCGCUUCAAUUUUAAGUAAUGACCAUUCAGCUUUGGCAUUUGUGAAUGAAAUUCAAAAGUCUCUUUUUGAGAUUGGUACUCAUCUCGAGAAAUUAGAUGAACUCUAUAAGUCUAAAGGCUCAGAAUUAGAAUCUGCUAAACAUGUUUCUAUCAUGAUGGAAGAAGACAACAAACAUUUAUCAGAGAGACUCAAAGAUUCCAAUGAGCAAAUAAGAAUGCUAAGAGAAAGAAUUAUAAUAUUAUCAACAAAUAUUGAAGACAAAAGCUCUCCUCAAGCUCAGACUUCUUCCCCAUUAUACAAGAAGCUAGAGAGUGAAAAAUUCGAGUUGGAGAGAAAGAUUGAAAGUAUUGAAAAACAGCUGGCGGAAACUAAGAAAGCUUUGGAAAUUUCAGAAAACAAGUAUAACCAUAUGGUUAAACAAGAAUCGAUCAAUGCAAAAUGGCCAAAUUAUGAUUUAAUUAAAGGUAGGAGUCACGAGGACUUAGUUCAGCUUUUAAAGAAAAUUGAUCCAGAAAGCAAGGCCCUACAAUCUAUUGCAGAAAAUAUGGUCAAGAAGGACCAGAAUAUAUUUACUCCUCAGCCUAAUUUAAGAGAAAGAGUUCUGAAUGUUCAAGUUCAAGAAAAAGACAUUGAUUUCUUGAAGAGCGAUUCUAAUCUUGGUGAAAUUCACAAAGAUACAAUUAGGAUGCAACUAGAACAAUUCCAAAAAUUACAUUUGAUCAAUGAAAAUGUUAAUAAGAAUACUGAGAAAAUUCCAAUUGAAAGAAAAAGAUAG